AUGGAGGAAAAAGAGGAUAAUAGCCGCGCUGGAUGCACUAUGGUCACUGCUUCUAUCAUCGUUAUUUUGUUCGUUGGAACAAUUGUUGUGAUUCGAGUUCUUCUGGAUAGUGAAGAUGAGAACAACCUUCCACUUGUUCAAGGCCAAACGCGGGAAGUUCUGACUGUAAUAUUGUAUUUUAUGAUAACCUGUGCACUCCUUAUAUGCUGCGUUGGAUCAUUUUGCGUCAGACUCAUUAGCCUACUAUUCCAAUCAAUCUCCCCCAACUUCAAGCAGACUUUUAGAAAAUUUUGCAAUUUUAACAUGAAAAAGAACAUUGACUAUUAUAGGAACAAGAUGAAAUUGGAGGAUCCAACAUUUCGUGACGUGGUUGCUGAAGCUCGUGGAGUUCAAUCCGCAAAAUUUGAGAACCAUCCUCAAGACAAUUAUCCGUAUGAAUAUGCGACAAGAGGAUUUGAGGACUUCGAUGACGUUCGUCGCAUCCUUCCACAACCCCCAGCCGGCCGUGGACGCUCAAUGAGUAUUGAUGUUUCUAUUAUAUAA